CGCGGUUCAAGUGGUUUACUGGAGUCCUGUUUGAAGGAGGGUUUGUUUGGAUAACAGCCGAGAGCGGGGCUGAGGGACGGUCAGACUGCUGCUGAAAGCUGUAUCUCGGUGGAAGCCACUCAGUGUAACGAUGGACAGGUUUGUGGUGAACAAGUUGAAGACUCCUAGGAAUGGCAGGUUGGAUCGAAAGGAGAAGAUUGAGGACCCGGAGAGUGUGCGUGAUGGAGAAGCAGAGAGCCCCAGGAAGAAACUGAGAAGAAACCAGUCAGGGGGAGGUGGAGGAUGUCUAGUGCCGUCCUUGGCCCAGCAGCAAUCAGAGAGCGAUGUCACCGUGUCCUGGAAGCAUCUCCGAGCCGACGGACUGAACUGUGACUACACCAAACUCUUCACCAAAUCUGAGGCUGAUGACAUAUUCCUGGAAUUGGAGAGAACACUGGAGUAUUUUUCAGGUGAUCUGACUAAAGUUCAGGUGUUUGGGAAGUGGCACAAUAUUCCACGCAAACAGGUGUCCUACGGUGACCCUGGUUUGACCUACAGAUAUUCAGGGGUGACCUUGUCCCCUAAGCCUUGGACUCCUGUGCUGGAGAAGAUAAGGGAGAGAGUGACACAGGUGACUGGGCACACAUUCAACUUUGUGCUGGUGAACAGGUACAAAGAUGGGAGUGACCACAUGGGUGAGCAUCGGGAUGAUGAGAAGGAACUGCAGCCUCGCAGCCCCAUCGCGUCUGUUUCCUUUGGCGCCUGCAGGGACUUCAUCUUCCGCCAUCGAGAUGCGCGGGGGAAGAGACCGAUGCGUCGCCUGGAACCAGUGAAGUUGCUGCUGGGUCACGGCAGCUUACUGAUGAUGAACUACCCGACCAACGUCUACUGGUAUCACAGCCUGCCCGUCCGCAAGAAGGUGCUGGUGCCCAGGGUCAACCUGACCUUCCGCAUGGUUCUGCCCUUGCUGAAGGACUAAACACCUAACCAGCAGGCUUCACUGGCAUGCCGGGGAGGUCGGUUUGGGUAGGUCUGCAAUCGUUCAUUCUUCUGAUGUCGCUGGGUUUGCAUCUUCUGCCUCCAGUAACACACUUGGGUCACUCGCCACGUGCUGACUGAGCUGGUGGCCGAUAGGUAUUUAACUGUGACGCUCUCACUCACCCUUUCUCUGCAGAUAUUGCACAGAAGCAUUAAAUAGGAUGCUGUGUAUAUCUCAGCUGAGAACCGUCCUCCCUUCUCGCUAGCCCCUGUGUAUCAUUAACCCCACGUUCCCGAUACCCAGAGAUAGCUUCUACCAUCCCAAGAACUGUCAAAGGGGUAGAUAUCUUACAUGAAUUUUAAAAAAGGUUUUAGGCAGUUUUGGGAUGACUCAUAGUCUAGGGAUAUGUGAAUUUGGAAAGGAGCUUACAGUGGAUAGGAGUCAGGUUUUAAAUGAGUUUGAACAAUAACUUUCCGAGCACCUUGCUGUUUCUUCGGAGACAUACAAGAGCACGUAUCUCAGAUUUGUGUUAGUUACAGGUAUACCCGUUUCUCACACUUGGGUUCACUAACUGGUGUGAGGAUGUACAGUGAUGUUUAAAGGGGUUCCAGUGGGCUGAGGUAGCAACUAGGAACAGAUGUGUAGGAAAUGCACAACUACCCUGCUUACUAUAGAACAAAAUUUCUUACAUAAAUGUCUUCAUCCAGAGUUAGAGAUACAUUUUCAGUAACGAUUUCUAUAAAAUAGUGAGGGUAUUGAGACCCAUUCUGUCAUUAUGUUGUAUUUAAGUUAUUAAAUUAUUUCUACCUUGUUGAAACUUCAGCUUUGUAUUUUUGUGGUGGAGAGCACUUGGCUCUCGUGCACGAGCACACACACACUCGUCGCCUUGUCGUUUGCUACUGUAGUCUUCGCUUGUAUAUUCUUAUAGUGGGUCCUAAACUGAGCUGAUAUACUCCGGUUGGCUUUAUAGGGCCUUUCCCGCCAUACACGGUGGAAUAUUCCAUUUCUUUAGUAAUGGGGUUGUGUACAUGUGUAUAUGUUGUUUGUAUAGUGUAAUUAAGGUAAAUACUUCCUUUUAUUUUGUAAUAUGAUUGUAACAGCUGGCUAGUGGUGUAAUGGAUUUCGACGCAAGUGGUCCCGGGUUCAAACCUGGCUGGAUCUUUGCACGCUUUCCACCGUACUGGGUUGAGUGUCGAGCUACCAACUUGGCCUUGUAUAAAACAGACAAAAUGCUAAAGAAACGGCGAAGUUGUCACCUGAUGUGCCACAAGGCACGUCGAGGAACAACAUAUGAUUGUAACUACAUCGGGAAUGCCAGGAGUCCACACUGGACAAAAGUAGUAUGGCACUAUUAUUGUGUUUUCUGGUAGAUAACUUUUUGUAAGUAUUGGUGUAGGGUUCUCAGUAAUAUUAAUUGUAAGGCUGACAAAAUGACUUCUCUGUAAUGUUAACUGCUGAGGUAAGGGGUUCUCUGUAGCAGCAUGUUUGGGUUAUAAUUAGUGACAACGGGACCUGUAGUCAUGUUAUUCUCUCUAUACGUGUGGAAACCGGAGGAGAAGCACCGGUUUUUGGUGGAGAAGAAGAGAGGUUGGACGUGAGUCGAGCGCUCUGGUAGAUCACCGUGAGCGGUCCCAGCUGAAGGUCGACAGAGUUCGGAGGAGAUCGAGGGGUGGAAAGGAUACCUGAUUUCGUGAGCUCCAAAGAAUUAUUUUGUGCACAGAACUGUUAAAUUUAUCGACUUGGUGCCUUUAUUGUAUUUGUUUCU